AUGCAGUCGUGGCUGUCAGGAGGGUCGACCUCAAAGCGCCCACGAGUAGGUGAUGCUCAGGGUGGGGGGGGGAAGCAAUGUGAGUUCAAACGAAGGCCAGGGCGUUGGGGAGAGCAGCACAGGUGCCAGAAACGCUGCUGGUCGGUCACCCAACUGCAGUAGCAGCGGACCGGGUCAUGCAGGAGCGCCACGACCCGCAGCACCACCGCAACAACAACCGCGAGGGUCGAGUAAAGGCAAAGGGAAAGCUCGUCAUAAACGGAACUGGGACAAUGGGCAGGGAUGAAUUUUUUCAAUGCGACACCGCUGAUUGGGCGAAACCACCCCAUUUGAACGAGUCUGAUCGGGCGUUUGAAUGCGGAUUUAAAUGCGGCACUUGGAAUUAGUACAGGAGGAGUUGGACAGACGGCGCGCGCGCUGUGUUGUGCUGAGAACCAACGCGCGCGCCGGCAGCACAAACACGCACAUCACGUGCUUGCCGGCGUAUGUCGCAUGGACAGACGCCGCGAUGUGGUGAGAUACUAUGCAAUGCCCCGCAUGAAGCCACCUGGGGCUGGGCUGCAACGGCGGCGGCGUGAACCUCCUGUUUGAAGCAAACGACCUCAUCAUCAACCAGAGCGCCGGUUGUGGUUGUGGCGUCAUCAUCAUCAUGACUGACCACGAAGCAACGGACAUGGGAUAAGGGCGCGUCUUGGCGACGGCUGGCUGUGUAGCACACGUUGCUGAGCACUGGUGGCGGUAAAGCUAGGAAGAGAAGCAGAGGUAGCAGCGGUCACCCCGUUUCGGCUUUUCUAGGUGAAUAUGUUGGUGCUACAAAGCAGGUGUAAGGCAACAGCAGCAGUGAGUUGCAGCGCUUAGCCUUCGUGGGGUUUGUCAUGUGCGCGCCUCUCUGUACGCUGCUUAGCACGCCAUUGAUGUGACGGCUGCUGCUGUACUGCUGUAGUGUGCGUACAUAACGGGUACCGAACGUUUCUUUGUUGACAGAUCAACAGGUGCUGUCCUGCAAAAAACAAGUCGUCACGCAGUAAAUCGGUCUUUUCUCGCAAGCAUACAUGUAUCACGACAGCAGCAACUUGACAGCAGUGUACCAGAUAGCUCGCAGAGGCGGACCCCCGAAGACGAAAUCCGUCCGGAAGCUGCAUCGCUACAUUCAUCAAGCUGUGACUAGGGGUCAAUGGCCGUUUCUUCCCACGUCCAACCUCAAAUCCUUCCUUUUGUAGCAAUUGUAUCCACGCAGUCCCUUCCGAGGAAGUGGAGAUCUGUCAAGGUCUGCUUGCUGUACAUCGGCAACCUUUUCGUGGUUCUUUCUUUUUUGUCAACGUUCAACUGCAACCUUCAGCAGUAUGUAGCAGGUUGUUUGUUUUUACCUCCUGGUACUGCAGUUUCAUGCACAUAGCGCGAGUGUAUUUCGUACUCGUGCAGCAGUAGUUUCAAGGUUUAUCAUCGGUAACGCUCGUUGAGGCGGACACAGGGUGCAGGCGUGUAUGGUUGUAAAGACGUGGUGCAUCGUUGAGGCGGGUCAAUGCAGUUGCUGACGUUUUCCCUCCUGUAUGUUCUUCGUGCCCCUUUCCUCCCCUUGCUCCAUCCGUGCAUCAGGUAGUCUCGCUCAGCAUGCUAACGGCACCGCGGCGCUGGCGGGAAGCCGCCCGCAACUCGAGCUUACUUGACAAGCCGGUUCAUCUUUAGGUGGGUCAUAUGCAUAGAGCAGCCACAGGGGGUUUCAUGCAGUCCAGAUUGCGAUACAACUCUACCGAUGAACGUGAUAUUGUUGAGGGAUACACUUGCAUGUGUGCUGCUGGGAGAGAAAUUUGUGCUACUCAAGUGUUUAUAGAGUUUCUGCAUUUUUGUGUACGACGCAUAUCGAUGGCACAACGGCCGGAUACACUUUUUCCAACUGUCCGCGGUCCAACCAUGGCAUUACAAAGGGCCGUAGAGAAUUCGACGCUUGGGUGUGUUCACUUUUGCCUUUUGGCCUCUGAUGAAAAUGAUGAAUCGCAAAGCACAUGGCAUGUUGUCGCUUUGGAUGACAGGUGUUUGUACAACCGAGGGCUGGACAUCAAGACGGGGUCGAAGGCUGAUUUGGCGGUUCCUCCGUCGAACAGCUACACAACCUAUGGGGUGCCAGGGCAGUGCUUGAAGACGUGGUGUUGAUCCUGCGCGAUGUAACGGCGAUUCAAUGCGAACCUCUUGGUGGUCAUUGGCAGCCAUCUUGCAUCGCUGCGGAGAACUGUGGUGACGACCGGAAGAUGUAAACGCUUGGUUACUGCACAGGCACAUUCGGAGAGCUAGGGUUCGUUUUCCAUGCUUAUUCGUUGCUAUUUCAGCGAGCGCCCCUUGGCGAGCAACUGCU